UCUCACCAUCAUAUUUUUGAAAUGAAUUUAACAACAAUCAUGAUUAUUUUAACUCAAAUACUAUAUUCCAUAACCAUGUCAUUGUCAAAAAUUCAAAAAUUAGAUCCAGAAGUUACAAUGAAUGUUAGUGAAAUUAUCAAAUACUAUGGUUACCCGUGUCAAGAUCAUACGGUAACAACGGAAGAUGGUUUUAUAUUAAGCUUACAAAGAAUUCCUGGUGGAAAUAUUUUUAAUUCAUCAAGAAAAAAUCCGCUGGUGGUAUUUUUACAGCAUGGAUUAUUAUGCUCCUCCACGAGUUGGGUGAUGAACAUGCGCAAUCAAAGUCUCGGAUUUAUAUUAGCUGAUAUGGGAUUUGACGUAUGGCUUGGAAAUUCAAGAGGAAGUACAUAUUCAAUGAAGCAUGCCAAAUAUUUUCCAAAUCAGUCUAAAUUCUGGGAUUGGAGCUGGGAUCACAUGGCCCAAUACGACUUUCCGGCUGUUUUAUCAUACAUAUUAACCGUAACCAAACAAAUUUCUCUCUAUUAUAUCGGCCAUUCUCAAGGAACUUUGAUUGCUUUCUCCGCUUUAAGCUCCCGUAAUUACUAUAAUGGUUCUAACUAUACAAGGGAAUUUAAAAAUUUAAAAAUAUUCAAAAAUAUAAAACUCUUUAUAGCGCUAUCACCGGUGGCAUAUUUAGGACAUAUUCAUGGCCCUUUAAAAGCUAUCGCAAAGUUACCCGUAUCUCAAGAAAUAUUAGAAUUUUUUUUAGGUAAAGACAAAGAUUUUCUUCCUCAAAAUAAUAUUCUAAAGUGGUUAAACAAGAUGUUCUGUGACAAAAAAAGAUUCGAAGUUAUGUGUUCUAAUAUUUUAUUUCUGAUAUGUGGACCGGAUAUCACCAAUCUUAACAAGUCAAGAAUACCUGUGUAUUUUGCUCAUUACCCUGCUGGGACAUCAGUACAAAAUAUGAUACAUUAUAUUCAAGCUGUUAAAAGUAAAAAGUAUCAAAAAUUCGAUUAUGGCAUAUUUAAAAACAAAGAAAUAUAUAAUCAGUUCAAGCCACCUCAAUAUGAUAUAUCCAAAAUGAGUGAAGUACCCGUUCAUCUAUUUACAGGCUCGGAAGAUUGGUUAUCAACUAUGAUAGACGUCAAUAUUAUGAAAGCAAAAUUAAAAAAUUUCAAACAAUAUAACUAUCCUUCGUAUAACCAUUUAGACUUUAUCUGGGGAGAAAACGCACCUUCACGUGUUUAUAAUGUGAUUAUAGAUAUUUUAAAAAAGGAUAUAAAUAAUAAUAAAUCUUAG